UGCCACCAUCUCCUCUAUUUAUUUCAAUCUUCAACGGCCAAUUCCAAAUCGGGGAAUGAGAUGGAAGUGAGGGGGGGAAAGGCAGGAAGAAAUGAGAGAUCGUGUUAAGAGUGAGACAGUGAGGAGGGGGGGGGCAUGGAUUGAGGGAGGAGGGGUUUAAUCCUGCCUGGAUUAUGGUAUAAACUGGUCGUGAGGAGCAAGAGAGAGGAAGUCCCAACAGUCCUCCCUCCAUCCCUCCAUCACUCCAUCCCAGACUGUUUUCAUUUCUCUUGCUCAUUGAUUUUUGGACCUCAUCAGGAUGUGGGGUUAAAAAAAAAAGAAAUCUUGUUUAUGGAAGAAGAGAACAGAAAAGUGAUGGAAUGAUGUGAAGAGUUGUGUGUUGAGAUGUGACCUCAUCGAGAAUAUUAUGGGAUUUUGUUUUUCAUUCAUAUGGAGUUUUUUUUUUUGGAGGGGGGGGCGAUGAUGUCACAGAUGUCUCUUUUGCAGCUCCCGAGAAGGUUUGGGACCUUUUUGGCGGCCAUCUGCGUGUCCCACCUUGGAUCGUUUUGUGUUCGUCGCGCCUGUUAAGGCUCUCCGGAUUUGAGCGGAAGUGAUGUUUUGGAUCCAAGCUGUUUUGUAGAGAAGGCUUCUUCCAAGAAGAGAUGGAGGCAAACGCCGGCGAUGUCGGACAGCGGCUGAGGCUGACGAUGCUCCCGUGGAUUAUCCUGUGCUGCUCGCUGUGGCUGACGGUCGACGGCCAGAUGAAGAUCUCGCCGGAGAUCGUGCAGAAGUGGGCCGAAUCAUUCGGCAAAGAGAUUGCGUCCCUCUCCGCCAAAUACUCCGGAGCGGAAUUACUGCAAAAAAAAUAUAAGGACGUGGAGGGCGCGUUGAAGAUGGAGGAGGUCGACGGCGAGGAGCUGGUCAAGACGUUUGCGGAGGAGAUGGAGAAGAUGCUUGGGAGGAAGAUGAAAUCCGUGAAGAGGUUAGCGGAAGCGGCCGAGGAUGCUGAUCUUUAUCACGAGUACAACGACACACUGGAGUUUGAAUACUACAACUCGAUGCUGAUCAACACGGUGGACGAGGACGGCAACCCGCUGCCGCUCGGAGGGGACUUCCCGCUGGAGAAGAACGAACACUUCAGCAAACUGCCCGUCAACACGCAGCAGAGUAACAUCCAAGUGCCCACCAACGUCUACAACAGAGAUACAGAUAUCCUCAACGGCGCAUACAUGUCGGAGGCGCUCAACGACGUCUUCAUGGACAACUUCCAGAAGGACCCGACCCUCACCUGGCAGUACUUUGGCAGCUCCUCGGGUUUCUUCAGACUGUACCCGGGGAUCCAGUGGACCCCGGACGAGAACGGGGUCGUCACGUUCGAUUGCAGGAACAGGAACUGGUAUAUCCAAGCGGCCACCUCCCCGAAAGACGUCGUCAUUGUGGUGGACGUGAGCGGCAGCAUGAAGGGGCUCCGGCUCACCAUCGCCAAGCACACCGUCAACACAAUCCUGGACACGCUGGGAGAGAAUGACUUUGUCAACAUCAUCGCUUACAGCGACUACGUUCGAUACUUGGAACCCUGUUUCAAGGGAAUUCUGGUCCAAGCCGAUCUGGAUAACAGAGAGCACUUCAAACUCCUGAUGGACGGGCUGCACGUCAAAGGAGAAGGCAAAGUGAAGAAAGCGAUGAAAGAGUCGUUCAAGAUCCUCAACGAGGCUGCGGCGGUGGGUCAGGGCAGUCUGUGCAACCAGGCCAUCAUGCUGAUUACAGACGGCGCUAUGGAGGACUUCCAGGAUGUUUUUGAAGAGUUCAACUGGCCGGAAAGGCGGGUUCGAGUCUUCACAUAUCUCAUCGGACGUGAAAUGACAUUUGCUGAAAAUGUCAAAUGGAUUGCCUGCAAUAAUAAGGGCUAUUACACACAUAUUUCCACACUGGCUGACGUCCAAGAAAACGUCAUGGAGUACCUGCACGUUCUCAGCCGACCCAUGGUCAUCAACCAUGACCAUGACAUCAUCUGGACGGAAGCCUACAUGGACAGUGUGCUGUUCAACAGUCAAGCCCAGAGUUUGCUUCUGAUGACGUCAGUUGCAAUGCCCGUUUUCAGCAAGAAAAAAGAGACGCUGUCUCAUGGAAUUUUGCUUGGCGUUGUCGGAACCGACGUGGCCCUGAAAGAAUUGAUGAGAUUAGCUCCAAGAUACAAGCUGGGUGUCCACGGUUAUGCCUACCUCAUCACAAACAACGGCUACAUUUUGUCUCAUCCGGAUCUCCGUCCUCUGUACAAGGAAGGGAAAAAGCUGAAGCCCAAACCCAAUUACAACAGCGUCGACUUGUCCGAGGUGGAAUGGGAAGACACUGAGGAGAAGCUCAGGACGGCCAUGGUCAAAGGAGAAACCGGUACCUUGUCCUUAGAUUCGAGGACCUCAGUGGAUAAGGGAAAACGAGUGAUGUUCCUCAAGAAUGAUUACUUCUUCACCAGCAUCAACGAGACACCUUUUAGUCUUGGUAUAGUGCUGACAAGAGGACAUGGGCAGUAUAUAUUCAUUGGAAAUGUCUCUGUUGAAGAAGGCCUUCAUGAUUUGUUGGCUCCCGAUUUGACCAUAGCCAGUGAAUGGACCUACUGCGAGACCGACAUCGACCCAGCGCAUCGUAAACUGAGCCAGCUCCAGGCCGUGGUUCGGUACCUGACAGGCAAAGAACCGGAUCUUGAAUGUGACGUGCAGCUCAUACAGCAAACCCUGUUUGACGCCGUGGUGACGGCUCCCAUGGAAGCUUACUGGACUGCCCUUAUGCUCAACCCAUCUGGUAUGGAUGAUGGCAUAGAAACGGCUUUCCUGGGCACGCGCUCCGGCCUGAUGAGAUUCCAGCGUUACACUGGCAUCGAAAAACGAGUUGGCAUGUCGUUCCUGACAUCCACGGACAAGGAGAACAUUUUCACCCUGGACCACUUCCCACUGUGGUUCCGCAGGGCGGCCGAGUACCCUGCCGGAAAGUUCCUCUACUACAUGCCCCGACAGGAUACCAGAGAUGUGUUUAGGGACUAUGAGGCGGACUAUAGCGCCGCCUUGAGCGCAGAGGAGGAGGAGCAGCAAGCGGAGCAGGGAGGGGGAAUACAGGGGGAGGAGGAGGCCGGGAGGAUUGUGAUCGCGACCACCGCCGUCACUGUGACCGUGGGCAAGAAGACCGCCAUCGCCGGAGCUAUUGGCGUCCAGAUGACUCUGGAGGUGAUGGAAUCCAGAUUUUGGGCCAUCGCAUCACAGCCAAACGACACCGAUUGCUCGGACGCCGAGGGAAUUUGUCCCCUUCGCUGCGACAGCUUCGAUAUGGAGUGCUACGUGAUGGACAAUAACGGCUUCGUCCUCAUUUCCAAACAGCGCGCUGACGCCGGGAGGUUCUUCGGCGAGGUCGACGGCUCCGUCAUGGCGACGCUGAUCCGAAUGGGCAUGUUCAAAAGGGUGUCUCUGUUUGACUACCAGGCGAUGUGUAAGAUGAACGCGCACUCCACCAGCAGCGCACGGCCACUUCUCAGCUCGUUCUACGCCUUGGCGUCCGCCCUCAAGUGGUUCCUUUCCAACCUCCUGGUGUUUCUCCUUGAGUUUAACGUCUGUGGAUUCUGGCACACGGAGCACUUUGCAGAUGCGUCCGUGCACAAGAAAAAAGGGGACAUCCUGCAGCCGUGCGACACCGAGUACCCCAGCUUCGCCUACGAGCCGUCGGUCAAAGAGACCAACAGCAUCAUCAAGUGCGGACGCUGCCAGAAGAUGUUUGUGGUGCAGCAGAUCCCGCAAAGCAACCUGCUGAUGUUGGUGGUCCAGGCCGACUGCGACUGCUCCAGACAAUACUCGCCCAUCACCAUGGAGCCCAAAGAAGUCAAAUAUAACUCCUCAGUGAAGUGCGAGCGGAUGCGUUCUCAGAAGAUCCGCAGACGCCCCGAAUCGUGCCACGCUUACCAUCCCCAGGAGAAUGCAAACGACUGUGGUGGCGCAUCCGCCGCAUCUCUCUCUGCCUUCCUCUUCCUCGUUUGUCCUUCCAUCGCCUCAUUUCUCUCCUGAUGGUGACCCCGAUGGUGCCACAAGUGGAUUUAUUUUUAUACAAAGCACAACUAAGUCUUGGUUUUUUUUUUUUUUGGUUCCUGAGAACCCGAAGAACUGUUCCCUCCCUCGGUCAACUGCUGCAAAUUGGCAGGUGUUGCUAUGGCUACCGCUCCAUUACUUCUGAUCUCUACCUUGCUUCUACAAAUGAAAGGGGGACUAAAGAGAAGCAGGUGUCUGCCAUGAGUCACGUGGAUGAAUUAUGAAUCACACCAGUGGAUGUAAUGGAGCCCGUCGGGAAGUAAUGAGUUUCUGAUUUACCUUCGUGCGCAAAUGCAUAUGGUAUCACAUCAUAUGGCACAGGAAGAGCUUGGAUAUAUGAAAUAAAUGGAGAGACACUGA